CUGCAGGAGGCGACAUUGCUUCGCGUCUCCUUCAUUUACAUGUUGAAAAAUGGCGGAGCGGAGCUGUGGACGCUGCAUCGGUUGAGCUGCAGGCACUUUAAAAACACAACAGACGGGCUCACAACCACCGUGGAAGGAGCCUCCGUGUCGGGACGGCAGGGCAGGGUUUUUUUUAAAUCUCUGAACUGGCUGGAGACUUCAUUUACAUUUUUUUAUCCCCGAAACGAGAGCGAGGAGCCACGAAAACAAGUCGGACAUGAACGGGGAAAUUGUAUGCAACAGCCAUUCAGUCACUGUCUUAAGCUGCACCAAGUCCAUAUCACCAGUUCACGAUGAACAGACGAUCAAACUGACACAGGAGGACCGGUGCUCUCCAGUAUUCUCCCAGUUGAACGACGCUCAGAGGCAGGGAGAAGGCAGGAGAAUAAACACCAUCAGCGCUACGACAAAAGACUCUGAAUUCACAGAGAUGGAGAGCAGCUUCAUCCAGUGUUCACCCUGCUGGUCAGAUGAACAGCCGUCACCUCCGCAGCUCCACCGCUCUCAGACCUUCCUCCGCUCGCCAGCCGAACUCCCCCAGCCGCUCGGCAACAGCUUGUCUCACACGUCUUACCAGACCAACAACAGAAGAGCUCCGCACGGCCAGCAGAGGAGUCGAGUCCGCAACAGGGUCAAAGACAAGAAAUCCACACCCAGAUUGUACGCACGGCCCCAUUACUGUCUUGGGAAAACCCUCCAAAACCAAAAGGUUACCGACUUCUUUCCAAUAAGACGAAGCUCAAGAAAAAGUAAAACGGAGAUAAAGUGUGAACAAAAGAAGGCCAUAGACGACCUCAUCACAAACGGAAUAGAGGAAGGAAUGGAGGUGCAGUAUAUAGAAGGAAAGGGGAGAGCAGUGUUUGCCACUCGGUGUUUCCAGAAAGGCGAGUAUGUGGUGGAGUACCACGGAGACCUGCUGCAGAUCACAGACGCCAAGAAGAGGGAGGCCGAAUACGCUCAAAACCCUGCAACCGGCUGCUACAUGUACUACUUCCAGUACCUCUGCAAAACAUACUGUGUGGACGCCACGAAAGAGACUGAUCGAAUGGGUAGGUUGAUCAAUCACAGUAAAAAUGGAAACUGCCAAACCAAACUCCACGACAUCAACGGCGUCCCUCACCUCAUCCUCGUCGCCUCUCGAGACAUCGACGAGGGCGAGGAGUUGCUCUACGACUACGGCGACCGCAGUAAAGCCUCCAUCGCGGCUCACCCGUGGCUCAAACACUGAUCCUCGAGGAAAAAAAAAAAAAAAAAAAGGAAAAAAGGGAAACGUACAGUAACACUCGUGUUUCUCGUUAGCUAGUGUACAAAAAUGCCUUAGAAACAGAAUGUGUACCCUUCUCGUUCCAGUGUCGAGGAAGCUGGAUGGGGGUUAUGUGUUAAAGGGGGGGAUCAAUAGGGUACUUAUCACAUUUCAACUGAGGUCCAUCUGCCUCGUCAGGUGACACCUGUACUUUUAUUUAUAUAUGUAUAUGAAACAUUCUGGUUGUUUUGCAGCACAUUUAUUUUGUACAUUUUGUAUUACCUAUAGACCAAUGCUUCUACAGCAUGCAGGUGGUAGUUAAUGCUCUGCAUUUUUAUACUGCUUUUUUCUUAAUUAGUUGUUAGAUACUUAGCAAUACUUAUAUAUAUAUAUAUUUAUGGCCCCAGAGCCCUCGGGAUCAACAAGAACUAUGAGAUGCAAAUUACAAGCCCUUUUUAAAAAAAAAAAAAAAAAAAAAAAAAAAAUUCUCUUGAAGUGGGAUUUGAUUUCAUCCGUUAAAAACAUUCACAGUCUGCCGUUGUUCAGUGGGAGUGUAAGGGUUUACCAAACUCAUGGUUCAGUUGGCUUUUCUUUGGGUUUUGAUUCAGUUUGUUUCUCAAAAAAAAAGAUAUGACAUGGGAGAAUUUUACUUUUUUUUUUUUUUUUUUUUUUAAAUAUAUAUUUACUGUAUGUUUAACCUGCUGUUAAACAUACAGACUAAAAGGAUCACAUAGGAAUACAGAAACUGCUUAAAUGUAUAAUUUACUUCUGUUUUUUAUGCUUUUUUGGGGGGUUUGUUUUUAUCAUAUGUAGUAUUUUUUAAUAUUUAGGAUACAUAAUACAUUUGAGUUAUAGGCAACGCUUUAGUCCCCCAAUUUAGCAUUUAUGAUCAGUAUAUAUAUACAUUAAAUAAACGGAUUAUAACACACUAUAAUGUAGUUGUAAGCAGAUAUGUGUUUAUUACUUUUUUUGUCAGGAACUAUAACUCUCAAUGUUUGCUGCUCUAUAAACGGAUAAUGAAUUUACAAAUACAAAAAAUAACAAAUACUGUACAUAAAUACACUUGAAAUGUGCUUAUUUGCUUAUAACUACAUUAUAGUGUGUUAUAAACUUUAUUAAAUGUUCAUAUGCUGCUUAUAAAGGCUCUAUAGGGGGAAAUAAAUUGUUAAAGUGUUUCUUUAAGUUGACUUACAACAACCUGAGGAGUCAUGGUGUCCAUCUCAUCAACACUAUUUUUCAUGAAGAGCUUAAUAUAGACUUAAAUUUGCUAAUAUAUAUAUAUAAACUGCUAAUAAAUGCUAAAGAUGUGAACUGUAAAUUGUUACCAAACUAUCAUGUAAAUGUCUAAAUAAUUCAAUUCAUUUUUUUUGCAGAUACCUACAGGUAUAUUCUGUUUGUUUAAAUACACAUGUAUAUAGACGUUUGUUAAGGAAAUAUCUUUAGCUAAUAUAAAUAGACUUAAGAAUUAAAAGACAGCUUGAAUUUGUCCAUAAACUCGACUGGUUUACAUGAUUCAGUGUUUUCAGCUGGCAGGUCUCCCUUUUUCACUGGACUCUUCAAAUAUAAAUUAUUCAGCUGAUGUCAGUACGUUACUGCACGAUGUAGAUAUUUAUUUGCUUGGGAUGGUUUAAAGGACUGAUUUGACAUUU